UGGGCAGAAGAAGUGGAGACUGGCACUGAGAGUGAGAGUCUUCAAGUCGUCGGAGAAGAUUAACAAACAAGGUCGCUCGAUUAUCCCCUACAAGUAGAAGCCAUGGAUGUCGAUUUCUGGACUUCUAGGGUUCAAUCCGCCAAUCACCUCACUGCUAUGCAAGCUGCUAGACUUAACUUUGAAAACCAUUUGAGCUUGGAUGAUUAUGAAGGAGAUGAUGACAUAAGGGCUUGCUUCCCCUGCCCCUUCUGUUAUGUGGAAAUAGAAGUUCCGGUGCUUUGUGCCCAUCUACAAGAAGAGCAUUGCUUUGAUGUAAAAAAUGCGGUAUGCCCUCUAUGUGCAGCCAAUUUAGGCAAGGACAUGAUUGGGCAUUUUACAUUGCAGCAUGCACAUAUGUUAAAGAGGAGAAAACCUCAAAGAUCAGGCCUAUGGACUAGUAGUUCAUCAAUGCUUGGAAAAGAACUACAAGAACUGAACGCCUUUCUUGGUGCCACUUCUACAAUUGGUAGGGGAAGCGCAACCGACUCCACACCUGAUCCACUGCUCUCACCAUUUCUAUGCAGUAUUGUUCUUUCAGACACCAAAGAUGGUCAAGAUACACACUCCAAAAAUGAUCUGCCAGCUUCAUCUGACAUUAAAAGCAUGGAGCCGCCUUCUACAUCAGAUGAUGCUCCAGAACAAGACUAUAGAGAAAGGAACCAGAGGGCUGAGUUCUUUCAGCAGUUGAUCCUAUCAACCAUUUUCUGAGGCAUUAUUAUAUUUUACCUGUGAAAUGGAGUUUUGAAUU